AAUAGCUCACUCUCUCCCACCACGUACAACCAAGAUCCCUUGAUUGAGUUGAGACUCUAUCACAAAAUGAAUUCUUCAACACCAUGUUCAUUAUUGUUCACCCUUUGCUUGAUCCUUAUAAUUUCCCAGUCUCCUUUGCCAACAAAUGCUAGAGCUCAUGGUCAUUACAUGAUUGGCCAAAUUUGCAAGCAAUUAACAAGGCAGGAGGACAAGAUAAAAUGCCCGAUCAUUCUGAGAGCAAAUCCCAAAAUCUUGCGUGCAAAAAACUAUCUUGAAUUUUCAUCAGCGGUCCUGGAGUUAGGGAUGCACAAGGGAAUAGAAGGGCAGAAGUUUCUUAAGGGAUUGGUGAAGGCAAAAUCUUCUCCGGCCAUUGCGGAAUGUGCAAACUUUUGUUAUGAUGCGGUGGUUAACGGUUUCAAAGGUGCCAUGAAUGAGCUGAAAGAUGAUCCUAUGACGGCUAACUAUGAUGCCGGUGUUGUUAGUGAUGGACCUGCAACCUGUGAGAGAGCAUUAGCUGAUGAACAUAUUGUUGACCCUGCAAUUUCUGCUCUUAACAACCGUAUAAUGUUGCUUAGCGCCAUUGCAUCCUACGCCAUAGAUAAACUUAUUGCAAAUUAACCUAUGGUGUAGGAUUUUCUAUUUGUUUUAGCAUCUUCUUUGGUGAGGAGUAAAUAAUAAAAUCAAAUAGAAGUGUACUAUUUUUUGUUCACUAUUUCUUACCUAUGUGUGGCAUUUUGUUCUCUCAUAUAGGUCUUCAUUUUCUUUUUAUUGACUUGGUUUUUCUGUCAAAUUAAACUUUGGCUGCGUGUGAUUAUCUGAGUGAUUCUUAGUACCCAUUGUCGGAAACAAGCAACCAAAUUUUAUGAACUGACUUCUCAUUUGAAGGUUCUUUUUUUCAA